GCUUGACAUUCACUGACUACGGACAUCAGUUCGCUCACAUACGCACUCUCGCUCUCCCAUUCUUGACAUCAUCAGUUUCAACAAUCACCUCCCUUUUCCUUUAUCUUUCAUACGCUUCCUUUUUUCUCUUCCUCUUGUCCUUGUUCCCUAGACAGGAUUAGACUUCCCUAUUCUUUCAGCUUGUACCAGAGAACAGUCGUUUUGCAAUCAAGCCUGGUCAUAAGCACCUGAUUCUUGACGCCACUGUGUCUUGAGUCUAUUUCCGUUGAGCUGCCUUUUAAAUCAAACCCAAGUCCUAUCAGACUAUGAAGGAUAAUCAGUUCAUUCAAAUCAUGCUUGCCGAGGAUCACGCUCCUAUUCCAAAAGCUAGCAACAGGAACAGCUUCCAUGGAGAAUCAAGCUCUAACAGCCUUUCAAGCCAACACAGCAGGACAAAUGCUCGCAAGCGCUUGACUCAGCAAUCAUUUACUACUAUCCCAGCAGCAGCAACCACAAGUUCUUCAGCAGUCCACCCGUUUUCAUUUUUAACGCGGACAGGCAGUGCUCAUCCACGACACCGGUCCAUGUCCAUUGCUUCAGGGACCUCUGGGGGCACAGCAAGCACAGCACGGCUGUUGACAACAUCUACGACUUCACCUGAGACAACUGUUUUAACUAAAGAAAAAGAAUUCAUGGCAAAUACAAGGAUCUUGGCGAUGUCGAACCUGAUAGAAUCCUUCACGUCAACUCCUCAUCCCAAGCAAGGAUUUUACGGAAAGCAGCUCAAGAUCAUUGGAUCAACUAGCUCAUCUGUCUCUGCAACUGGAGCGGAAUUAGAUAUUGCAGUAAAGAUUCACGUCAUCGAAGAUAUCUGGACAACCUGUCCAUUGCUUCCGACGUCCACUAUCCUUCACCGUUGGAAAGUUACCUAUUUAGGCACAGCUGAUCAAAAAGACAGCGAUGACUUUGGACCUCAACUCACAAAUUCCAAAGCGGAUAAAGACACAUCCUGGGUUCAGGCGACAGUAGAACGAACAGAGACAAUCUCACCCGCACCUUCACCUAUAAGUGAUCAACCAUCAAAAAAGAGACCACUUUCGAUGUCGUCCGUCUCAUCAUUGCCGGCUCGAAACGCUACGCCUCAGACACAUAUUGGAGUUCUAUCCAAUGCUUUGUGCUUUGUCGCCAACAGAUCUGGCGACUACCUUGUGCAGUUGUCCAUUCAUGUUCCAUUUGUCUUGGGUACUGGUUCCCGGAGUAUCCAUCUACCUCACAUUCCCAAGUGUAGAAGCAACUUCCUCAAGUUUCAAGUUCAGAGCCCUCAGUCUCUUAACCAGGAAAAUGGCAUCAAUGUAGAAGCUCGGGCGAAUACAGACACGGAUGUAACACACUGUGACGACGAUGAAAAUUUCAGCAACGGUUUUGAGUUUAAUGUUUAUCCAAUCUUAUCUACAUUGGAUGAAGCUCAUUUGAAUCCUGAAUCAGACGAUGAUGCUCAAUUCUGGCUCGAGGUUCAGGAGCUACUAGAAGGCAGUGGGCAGUUUGUGGAGAAACUCAUUGCAAGCGACAACGACAAAGGCUCUGCUGUCAAGAAUCAGGCGGAAGAGACACGGAAUGGGACAGAAAAUGUGACGAAGCCAGAAUUCGAAAUUGCUGGAUGCUUUGCGCCCAGCUCAUCCUUACAUGUGUCUUGGAUACCUCGUGAUGCUGUUGAUUUCGUUCAGGAAGUUGAACAAGAUAUGAUAGUGCAUAUCUCGGGCAUGCCUGACCAGACAAAGUCAUCAACACUACUGCAGGAUCGGAAGCGUAAAGAUCCAGAAGAAAGCCAUGCAACUGAUCAAGCAGAUCAAAUAGAGGAGCUGAUCGAAUAUCAACAUUUGGACUUGGAUGAUUGUGAUCUUGCCAUUUCAGCUGAGAGUACGCUGACUUUGAGCAUUCAGAAACUAGGGUGGAGACAGCCAUUCAUGGAUUUUUCAAUUGAGCUAGAGGAUAUCAAGCAUGGGUAUGCCAGUGACGUCUCGCUUCUAGACAUAGCCGGUGAUGCUGUACAGGACUGGGAAAGCCUAGUGCCCGAUUUAACGGGACAGACCGUGCCUUUAUAUCUUGAUAAUCUAGACAAAGAUUCGAGCACAGAUCAUGAUCAUCAUCCAUCACCAAUAUACCGUGUUUGGUUUUUCACCGGCACUGAAGGGACGACAACAGUUCAAAUAAGCAUCCGCGUGGGCCAAGCUGUCUGUGUGGGGUAUGGCAAAGAUAUCUUGUGCAACAUCCCCAAGAUUCAUGUGCAUGGAGCGACUUGGGACAAAGGACGCAUCCAUGUUCACGCGAGUAGCGACCUCAUGAUCCAACGGUUCAAUGCGCGUCUUCUGGAGACAUCUCAUGUUGAUGGCCAUUCUCAGCUAGAGGAGGGUCUUUCGGGAAGGCACCCGUCCAUAUUGCAUUUUCAAUACCAAUCAACUGAUUACCGACUUGCUGUUGUUGCACAACGAUAUCAAGCUGUAGCACGGAUUGCCAGGAUUGAAAGGGUUCGCGCGGAAAUUGGCAUUGGUGGACAACGACAGCCGGGUUUUGCAAGGAUUACGCUCUCCAACGUUGUCUUGCCUCAGUAUGAUGACCCAUAUCUACGUGUAUAUCAGCUUGAUGGAGCAGAGAUUUGGAACGUGUUAGUUGACGGAAAGCCCUGCGGGAAAUCGAUUAUGUAUAUGGACAGGAAGUCUGCUGGCCAGCGAACAGUGAUGAUCCCUAUCCCUGAGGAAUCCUUGAAUGGCAAUGACCUUCAUCAAAUCGAGAUAAGCUAUGGAUUUAAUACAUUUGACUGUGAUCAAGAAGAUAUGGAGGAUGAGACUUUGGGGAUCAAGUUGGUUGUGCCAGGGUUUUCCCUGCCUGUCGGGGAAUAUGUGGUUGUUGCCAGCCUUCCAAAGUUGGCUAGAGGUAUAGACUAUGAUGAGCCGUCAGGAGACUUUGAGGUCAUAUCGAAUCUCGGUAAGGUUGGCCAGCGGCGGACGAUUACUUAUGGGGCAUACAUGAUUCGAGGCCGGCCUAGACUCUCUAUUCGAACUGUGAGAGCCACAGCUGAGACAUGGAAUGUGAAUCAGAUAGAGCAUGAAGGUUUGGAGAGAGCGCAGGAUGUAGCAGGUGGGUAUGGAGAGGUAUCUGGAUCGCUGGAGCAGAUUGGAAGGGCGGCAUCGGCUGUUGUAGCGCAUGACCCUCAGCAACCGCCAUUCAAUGCAGGAGUAGUUGUAAUUCAGCAGACUAGCCAAAGACAUCCACAGCAACCACUUGAGCUUCAAAACCCACAGACAGAACAAAGGUUGGAUGGUGAGAUCCUUCCUGUGUUGAGUACAAGGACUAAUGGACUAGGCAGUGGGGUAGAAGGCGGGGCUACUACCUCGAAUCUUGCACCGCAGGUGGGAUCGCCAGCACUCAUUCGCUCGGGCUCUGGCAGCUCACAGAUGGGACUCUGGUGGUCGAAGCCGUUGUCGUUUGAGCAGGUGCCGGGGAUGAUGAGGAAAUGGUGGAAGCCAGUGAUGGCAUCGAUUGCGGCAGUGAUGUUGAUGAUUAUGAUUGCGAAUGCUGCGGCGUUCAGGGAGACUAAAUCAACGUCGCUAGAUCUGGUGGGAAUACCAGCAUGGCAGAGGCCAUUUGUGGCUAUUGGACGUCUCUGGCGAGAUUCAUCGAUGUCUCCAAACGAUCGACAGACAAACCCGUUCACGAGCAUGUGGGAAGAAUGGGGAGAACAGGGAGAGCAGAAGAAGGAUGAUUUGUAUAUGGAAACAGUUGUGACGGUGACGACUACGAAGGAGGCAGGGCCUAGAGAAACAGAGGAAGCAAUGGAGACAACAACAACACAGGAUCUAGAGAUUCGAUCUCCGCCAGAGGGGGGGCACAAAGGAGAUGGAGGCGGAUAUGAAGAGUAUGAUGGUCAGAACGGCACGAGGCCGGAUGCUAGUGGAUUGGGGAGAAUAGUACAGUUCUUGAAAAAAUUGGUGCAUGAUCUGAAGCAUUGAUUGUAAAUAUCUCCAUUUGGUCCUGAU